AUGGUGGUCGCGCUCGGCCCCGGCAGGUUCUACGGCGGCGGCCUGCCGCGCCCGCGCGUCUUCCCCGGCGACCGCGUCGACCCGCCGGCGCCCGUCACCGACGCGCUCCUCUGCUGGGCGCGCGAAGCGCACUGGUCCAUGGGCGGGCUCGGCGCCAAGCGCCUCCGCCUGCAGGGCCGCAUCGAGGGCAACCUCGUCAAGCUCUGCCGCACCGCGCGCCGCGACGCCAGGGUCUCCGCCAAGUCCGCCAAGGCCGCCAAGUCCAAGGUCCGCGCCGCGGGGCACGGGCCCGCCCCUGCCACUCUCGACGACGCGCUCGGCUCCGACGACGACGACUCCGAGGACGAGGCGGAGGUCGCGGCCCAGGAGAAGGCUCUGCGGCGCGAGGUCGUUGAUGACGACGAGGACUCCGAGUCCGGCGAGUCGGAGGGCGAGGGGGUGCCGCUCGUCACCAUCGCUGCCGCCGCCAAGAGGAAGCGCGUCAGGAAGCUCUCCGACGAGUUCGACCGCAUCGCCGCCGCGCAGCUCGAGGGCGGCGGGAAGAAGAAGCCCGCGGCCGCGGCUCCGGCCAAGGCCCUGCUGAGGAAGAAGGCAGUCGCUGCGGCUGCUCUUGCCCCGGCCACUGAGGCGCCGGCGAAGAAGUCGUUGAAGAGGAAGGCGGUGGCGCCGGCUGCUGGUGCUGUGGCGAGGACGUCGCCGAAGAGGAAGACCGCUGAGGUGCCGGCGGCCAAGACAUCACCGAAGAGGAAGACCGCUGAGGCGCCGGCGGCAAGGAGGACGUCGCCGAGGUCGAAGCACUGA